AUGAUGAGACAGAAUCUGAAAAAAGUUGAACACAUCAAAGCAGACGAGUCUAUGAAGAUGUUUCCUUAUGCCUUUGGUUUGAAUCAUUCUUCUGGGAGCAGCGUAAAGAGAUCAAAGCCUAAGCUUAUCUACCUUCUUCUCUUCACUCUUAUCUCAAGCUGUUUUGUCUUUGCUCCUUACCUCUUUUAUUUCCCUUACCCCUCUGCUCUGUUUCUUAUAGAUUCUUCAAUAAAAGAGAUUGAAGACCAGGUUUCACAGAACAUUACAGAACCUCCCAAACCGUCUAAAAAUGAAGAGAGUAUAUUAUGUGACAGAACCGGUUACCGUUCAGACAUAUGUUUCAUGAAAGGAGACAUCAGAACACACUCUCCUUCUUCCUCAAUCUUCCUCUACACCUCCAACGAUGAUCAUGUCUCCCAAGAAACAAUCAAACCAUACACAAGAAAGUGGGAAACUAGUAUUAUGGAAACCGUUGGUGAGCUGAAACUUGUGAAGCUUUCAGGCGAUAAGCAUAGCUGCCAAGUGAUCCACGAAGUACCCGCCGUGAUAUUCUCUACCGGAGGAUACACCGGAAACCUCUACCAUGAGUUCAACGACGGUCUUAUACCUCUGUACAUAACAUCUAAACGUUACAACAAAAAAGUUGUCUUUGUGAUUGCUGAGUAUCACAAAUGGUGGGAGAUGAAGUAUGGAGAUGUUAUCUCUCAGCUCUCUGACUAUCCUCUCAUUGAUUUCACCAAAGACAAGAGAACUCACUGCUUCAAAGAAGCAAUCGUUGGUCUUAAGAUCCAUGGUGAGUUAACAGUGGAUCCAUCUCAGAUGCAAGACGAUAGAACAACCAUCACUGAGUUCAAGAACAUACUUGAUCAAGCUUAUAGACCAAGAAUCAACUUAUUAGACGCCAAAGAGGAGCGUAGGCUCAAAGGAAAAGCAGCAAAGAGAAGAAAAGCAAACAAGCCUAAACUAGCUUUGUUCUCAAGAACCGGGUCUCGAGCCAUAACAAACGAAGACCAAAUGGUGAAACUAGCUCAGAGGAUAGGGUUCCAAGUCGAGGUUCUGAGACCUGACAGAACAACAGAGCUAGCAAAGAUCUACAGAGUUCUAAACUCAAGCACUGUCAUGGUUGGAGUGCAUGGAGCAGCAAUGACUCAUUUCUUGUUCAUGAAGCCUGGAGCUGUCUUUAUUCAGAUCAUUCCAUUAGGGACAGAUUGGGCAGCAGAGACAUAUUAUGGAGAACCGGCUAAGAAGCUUGGUCUAGACUACAUUGGUUACAAGAUUCUUCCAAGAGAGAGCUCAUUGUAUGAUCAAUAUGAUAAAAAUGAUCCAAUUCUAAAAGAUCCAAGCAGCAUCACUCAGAAAGGAUGGCAAUUCACAAAGGGGAUAUACUUAACCAACCAGCAAGUGAGGUUAGAUCUCAGGAGAUUCAAGAAGAUUCUGGUUGAUGCUUAUGCAAAAUCAAAUAGAUGA